AUGGACAUUAUUUGCAAAGAAAAAGAGAAGGUGAGACACAUUUUUUUCUUUCUCAAAAUAGAAAAAAACAAAAAAAAAAUAAUUGCGCAGAAACGAGACACUUUUUCGUCUUUUUAGUAUUUUUCCAGAUUUUUUUCUAAAUAGUGACCAAAUAUUUCUCCUUUGGGAAUUUUCUAUGUGUUUAUUUGGCCAUUUUGUUUCAUAUGUUUUGGAAAAAAAGUUUUUUUUGAAAACGUUUGAGAAAUUUUAAAAAUAUUUAUUUUCGGCUGAAAAUCAUCGCCAAGUUGAGUUACAAACUUUUUUUACAGGAAAAAUCGGAUGAAACUGUAGAAAGAAUAGCUGAAGCACAAGAUAAAAAAUUAGAAGAAGAAGAAGAAGAAGAGAAAAGGUUAGAAAUGUAUGGAAAUGGAAAUCAUUUGCCUUAUUAUCAUUAUAAUGGAAAUAGUCAUAGGAAUAUUUAUAAUUUGCCGUAUGAAAGAGUGAGUUUUUUGGAGGGAAAACUGAAAUUAUUUUUGGGUAGAAGAGAAUAA